CAUUGAACCAUUGGUUAAUUACUCUCAGCUGCAUCGUUCGAUCACAUAGUACAAUUUUUAUUUGACGCACCUAACUUUUAAGCUAGGUACCUAGAGGUAUCUAGUAGAAAGGGUCAAUGCUGGCAAAGCGCCUCUGUAUGCUUUGGAUUUGCUAUAGAAACAGUAUCUCCUGGUUACGAUUACACUUAUAUAAUCACUCAUAUAAUUGAAAUCUGAUUCUCUAAAUUCUAACUGUUCGACGUCCAGAUAAACGAGUCAUUCACCAUACCUGGGGGGAGGACCGAUAUCCACCUACUAGAUCUGGAUAAAGAUCCCUGACGCUUUUAAUGCUGUACAAUAAAAACUUGGACGGAAUGCUUCUCACUCCACAUGAGGACGCCAAGGGAUCGGCCUAGUUAUCCUUCAGGUCACAUCGCAGGGAUGAUGUCUCAUUGUUUCGAUUCGCAAAGGAGAACCAGAAAUGGUGAAUGAUCUACUUAAGAUUCUCAUUCCCAUGCUCUUCUCAUUGAGUAUGCUUCUCAUUCAGUAUGGGAGUAGUUAGAGACUACCUGACAGAGAUAACUGUCUCUUAGGCCGACAGUAUGUUGUUUGGGAUCCUUACUCUUCUCUCUGGGCAGGUGCUCGCCUCUUCUUCAUAUGUAUCUACUAGGGCCGGCCAGGCAUCACCUCAAGCAUAUGCUUCCUCUUCGGACCUCAAAUACAAGCUAAGCGUCGUUGAUGCUCCCGUGUCUGGUAAGGGUAGCCCCGGGGAUACGUCAACAUGGAGUUUGAGCAUCGAUGAUACGGAAUCUGGGUAUAGGCAGAAGAUCAAUGGUUUUGGAGGCUCUAUAACAGACGCAACUGUCACUGUCAUCGACGCACUCUCCGACGACAAACGAUCUCAGAUUCUAAGAGAGUUAUUUACAUCAGACGGAGCUAGCUUCGGUUUGCUACGCCAUACCAUUGCCGCGUCGGACUUAUCAGGACCGCCCGCAUACACGUACGAUGAUAGCAAUGGUAAUGCGGAUCCGAACCUUAGCAACUUCAACUUAGGAGAUAGAGGAACGGCGAUGGCGAAAUUGCUGAGCGAGAUAAAAGGUAUCCGCUCCGACGCUACUAUUUUCGGAAGCCCGUGGAGUGCUCCGGGCUGGAUGAAACUGAAUAGGGUUCUCACCGGGAAUGCCGACAACAACUGGCUUGAUUCGCAAUACUACAGCCAAUAUGCUCAAUACUUUGUGAAAUAUAUUCAAGCGUAUGCAGGGCUAGGUGCCACGAUUGAUGCCAUUACCAUUCAGAAUGAGCCUUUGAAUAAUCAAGGAGGCGGUCACGUAACAAUGUAUCAACCUGCCGACGAAGCCGCCAAAGUGACGCAUGACUACAUCGGGCCAGCUCUACGGGCGGCCAACUUGAACACGCAGAUCUGGGCGUACGAUCACAAUACGGAUACGCCUAGCUACCCGCAAACUGUGAUCAACGUAGCCGGCGAAUACGUUCAAGCGGCCGCGUGGCACUGCUACGCGGGUGAUCUAGACUGGACCGUUCUUAGCGACUUUCACAACGCAAACCCCAACAAAUCCCAAUAUAUGACGGAAUGCUGGACUUCCCCACAGACGUCGUGGUACCAGUCUUCUAAGAACACGGUUGGUCCGCUACAGAAUUGGGCCGAGGGUUCGUUGAUGUGGACUCUAGGCACGUGGACUGAGGCGGCCGACGGCACCUUCGGACCGUAUAUCCAGGGAGGGUGCGCGACGUGUCGCGGUCUGUUCGUGGUAGACCAGAACGCAGGUACGUACGAGUUCACCGUCGAUUAUUAUAUGUUGGCGCAGUAUUCCAAGUUCAUCCCUAAGGGCGCAACUAUCCUAAGCGGAUCUGGUAGCUACAGUUACAAUGGGUACUCAGGCGUGCAGUCAGUCGCAUCGAAGAACCCGGACGGCACGCGUACUGUUGUAGUCGAGAACACGUUCAGCAAUGAUGUCUAUGUUACCUUGAAUACCACUAGCGGCCAGACGUGGAGCGGCAAUAUCCUAGCGAAUAGUGUUACAACUUGGAUCUUGCCGUGAUCGGGGUGUUUCUGAUGCAUGGCAUCCAUUUUAUUGUAUAUCUUGAGAUUAAAUACAUUAGGUACAUAUAUAUAUAUAUCAUGGUCUUGUCCUAUUAUGGUUAACAUCAGCCCGUAUGGAAGAGUCUUGAUAUAAAUAUAAAACUAGAUAAUGUCGCCGAUAUAAGCUUCAGAAUGGCAUCUACUAACUGUCUACUAACUAAUUAAGUCAUUCGGAUUUACUACUAGGUGGAAGGUUAGACAGAUUACUUGCUGCUA